CUAGUUGAAAGUACACAAUGAUGAAGAUUUCAGAGAAUAAUUAUGAAAUAAAAGUAAAAAGCCAGUACAAAUACAUUGAUGGUUUUAUUGCUUAGUUCUCUUGAUAUUCCCAAAGCCGAUCCUCUUUCUCGCCUCUCGUCUUCUUUUUCUCUUCCCUUUUCAAGAAUCUUUCAAGUAAACAAACCCUAGAAAGACCCGCAGCCAUGGUCUCCACACCCUCCACUUCCACUUCCACUUCCACUUCCACUUUCUUUUUUUGUUUAUGUUUAAGCGUUUUAGUCAGCUUUGUGUUUGGGAAUUCUGAAGGUGACGCUCUUUAUACCUUUAGGAAAAGCUUGUCAGAUCCAGAUAACGUUCUUCAGAGCUGGGAUCCCACACUUGUUAAUCCCUGCACUUGGUUCCAUAUCACUUGUAAUCAAGACAAUCGCGUUACUCGAGUGGAUUUAGGUAAUUCAAAUCUGUCUGGACAUCUAGUCCCUGCGCUUGGGAAGCUGGAACAUUUGCAAUAUUUGGAGCUUUACAAAAACAACAUUCAAGGAACUAUCCCUGCCGAGCUUGGUAACUUGAAGAGCCUCAUCAGCUUGGACUUGUAUAACAACAACAUUUCUGGAGCCAUCCCUCCUUCCUUGGGAAAUCUUAAGUCUCUUGUCUUUUUGCGGCUUAAUGGUAACCGAUUAACUGGACAAAUACCCAGGGCACUUGUCGGAAUUUCAAGCCUCAAAGUUGUGGAUGUUUCUAGUAAUGAUCUAUGUGGAACAAUUCCUGCCAGUGGGCCAUUUGAACACAUACCUCUCGACAACUUUGAGAAUAAUCCCAAACUAGAAGGUCCACAGUUGCUGGGACUCGCGAGUUAUGACACAAACUGCUCAUGAAUGAUUGACAGUUGGUUUCUGAUAGAUAUGUACUUGAAAAUUCAAAUUGUCCUACCUUUAACACAGCAGUUUAGUUGGAUCGGUGAAGUGAGACCCUUAUAUAUAUAUAUUAAGUAUACAAUACUGCUUGAAUGCAUCUGUAAUUGCAUUGUUAUGCUAUUUGCAAAAUGUUCAAAACAAGAAUUUUAUAGAUGUAAUACUAGUGAAAGUUUCUCUGUCGUUGAUGCAGUAAUUUGAUUUUACUGGCACAA